UUAGUGGUGUAUUAUAUAAAUAUAAUGUCUAUAAACACAACGCGCGAGCUUCCGUUCCUGCCAGGAAACACAUUCCGGGACACGAGGAAGUCAGCCUUCCACAGACCACAGACUUUAUCCUAUAAGAACGGCUAUGCGCUACCCAUCCGACCCAAAGUGGGGAUCGGACAGCAGCCUUUAAAGUCAGAAAACCUUCUCAAUCAUGAGAUGAACCAGCUCUUCAUCCAAAAACCCCUCCCCUCAUACGACACGUCCACACACACCCCUCCGCUCCACUUCGUCCCGGCCCACGCUGCCUACGACAAGAAGGUUCUGCGUUUCUAUGGCUACUUCAAGCAGGAGGUUCUGCACUCGGCAGAGGAGUGCUGGCGUGUGCGCCCCGUCGUCUUACUUUACUAUCUGGAGGAUGACAGCAUGUGUGUGUUGGAGCCGGAGGUGGAAAACUCUGGAAUACCGCAGGGGAAACUGCUCAAGCGCCAGCGGCUGCCCAAGAACGAACGUGGAGAACAUUACAACUGGAAAGACCUGAACCUCGCCGUGGACCUGUGUGUGUAUGGCACCGUGUACAGAAUCACACACUGCGACGCCUUCACUCAGGAGUUCAUGGAGAGUCAGGGGAUAGUCCUGAACGACCCUGAGGCGACCCCCAGUGACCCCUACACAACCCAUAGAGCUCAGUCUGAAUACACUUUCAUUACACCAUCAGAAUAUGACCACCUCAAACAGUUCCUCACCAUGGACCGCAAGGUGCUAAGGUUCUUUGCUCUGCUGGAUGACUCAGACUCUCUGCAUGAUGAAAAAAGGCCUGUGUCUAUACAGUAUUAUCUGGCGGAUGACUCGGUGGAGGUCAGUGAGGUGCACAAGCCCAACAGUGGCAGAGACACGUUUCCUCUGCUGCUGCGAAGACAAAGGAUUCAUAAAAACUUCAAACCAGACUGCCAGCCGUUCCCUAGCUGUGUUCUCGAAGUGUCUCCACAGGAAGUUGAGUAUUACUCUCCAAAAGACUUCCGGGUCGGGGAGAAGCUGACACUUUUAGGUAAACACUUCCUGCUGUAUGACUGUGACGAGUUCACUAAGAAGUACUUUGAGCAGCAUCACCCUGACCUCCCGCUCAAGCCCCUCCCUCCUGAGAAAAGGCCUGAGCAAGUGUGCAAGCAGGUGAUCCCACCGUACAACGGCUUUGGGUCUCUUGAAGACUCUCUCCAAAACUGUCUGACUCUGAUUCCUGGGCCACCAAAGAAAGACCUAAUAAAACUGCUGGCAAAUGACCACAAAGUGCUGCGCUAUGCUGCUAGGCUGGACUCUCAGAACCCUCAGGACGAGGGCCGUCGCUUCAUCCUCCACUACUUCCUGUCUAACGACAUGAUCAGCAUCUUUGAGAAAUCCACACGCAACUCAGGCAUCAUCGGGGGAAAGUUCCUGGAGAAGACGCGCAUUCCCAAACCGGGAAGCACGUUGGAAAACCCGGAGUAUUACGGACCAGCUGAUUUUGCUAUCGGCGCCACAGUGGAGGUGUUCAGACGGAAGUUCGUUCUGACAGACGCCGACCAGUACGUACUGGAUUACCUCGAGUCUGUGGCAGAACGGGAGCGAAUUCCGGAGACGACCCUCACCUCGGUCAGGAGAGCUUUGGGGAAGAACGAGGCCUCGAACCCAACCUCAGAUACAGAGCUCACUGACGCCUCCUGAAGACUGCACACAUCUUUUAGCUUUGUGUUCUUCAUCCCUUAUUAAACAUGCGCAUUAUUUUAUUUACACCUUACGGUGAAAUUCUACAUUCUUCACUUUUCACUUUUCUCCUUUUU